AUGGUCGGCACACGAAAAAGUACGAUGCAGGUAUUUGGAACGCCAGUAUCGGCGGCUGGUUCGGGCGAGAAAGUAGACCCACAGGCGUCGUCAUCAAACGACUCCAGCUCUACAUCGGUGGGUAACUUGGCCUUUGAAGAGUAUGAUGUUUCAAGAAAGCCUAUAUGUGAUAAUAGCGUAGACUCUUUCUGCGUUGUUUGUGGCGAAUAUCAGUUGUCAGACGAAGAUCUAGCUUAUGGAGACAAUGAGGAUGUAGAGAUGAACAGUGAAACAUCGGAGGAAUCAAAAGAUGCGACUGAUGUGGAUUCUAAAGGUUUUACUCAAGAAGAGCUUAAUGAUUUGGUACGAGAUGCAGGACUUUCAAAAGAAAUAUCUGAGCUGACAGAUUUAGAAUGGGCCAUUAGUUUAAAUCGGAUGAUGAUGAAAAUUAUCGGUUUGUGGCCGCCAGACAACCAAGACCCCCGUAAGAUCGUAGGUUCGAAACUUCGACUGCUAUAUACAUUUAUCGCAUUGCUCUGCGUAUUGGCGAUACCAGUUUUAGCAUCACUGAUAAGAAUAUGGGGCGACAUGAUUUUAAUGAUAAAUAACUUGCAAUGCAGUCUAUCUAUAUUGAUGACGAUAUUCAAAAUCUGCAUCAUAUGGUACAAACAAGAAGCUUUAGCAUCUCUAAUUGAUAUGAUCAAAAACGAUUGGAUAAAGAUGAAAAUGAAAGAGGAGCAAGAUGUUAUGCUGAUGUAUGCCACGAUUACUCGCAAAGUUGCCAUGUGCGGAAUGUUUUUGAUACUAUCGUCACUGAUGAUUAGCGUCGUCCUUCCAUGGUUCGGAUUGACGGUCAGACAAGUGACAAAUUUAACCGACCCUGGAAAACCACUGCCGUUGCAAUCGUACUACUUGCAUGAUGUUUCCAAAAGUCCGCAGUUUGAGUUAACGUUUCUGGCACAAGGAAUCGUGAUGUUUGCAACCUGUCUCUCAUAUUCCGCGGUCGACAACUUUCUCGGAUUACUGGUUAUACAUGUAUGCGGUCAACUAGAGAAUCUGCAUUCGCGUUUGUCACAUAUGGACAAAUUCCCGGACUUCAAUGCAGUUUUGAAAUACAACGUUCAAGAUCAUAUUCGCUUAAUUAGAGAAGUAGCUGAUGAUCUUAACAUAUCGUUCGGCUCAUGCCAAUCAAUUUUAAAGGAUGUUUUGGGUAUGACACGUGUGUCAGCGAAAUUCGUUCCAAAACUGCUUAAUUUUGAUCAGAAGCAGCAUCGCAUGAACAUCGCCCAAGACAUGUUGAACGACGUCAAUGAUGAUCCUGAUCUGCUCAAAAGGGUUAUAACUGGUGACGAAUCAUGGGUAUAUGGUUAUGACGUCGAAACCAAAGCCCAAUCAUCCCAAUGGAAGAGCCCAGGAGAGCCAAGACCGAAAAAGGCACGCCAAGUUCGUUCGAAUGUGAAGGUUUUGCUCACAGUUUUCUUUGAUUACCAUGGCAUUGUGCAUCGAGAAUUCCUACCACAAGAUCGUACGCCACCGUAUUCACCAGACUUGGCCGCCUGCGACUUUUUCCUCUUCUCAAAAUUGAAAAUGCCCAUGAAAGGACGAAGAUUUGUGACGAUUGAGAAGAUUAAAGCUGCAUCGCUGGAGGAGCUCAAGGUUGUCAAACAAAGAGAGCAAUUUUCGUUUAUACAAUUGGGUUGGAACGUGGCAGCGGUUAUAUAUUUCUUGUUGCACAUGUUUCUUUAUUGUGCCAUUGGUGAAAUUCUUGUGAUACAAUCAGAAAAAAUACACCGUGCUACUUAUGAAUAUGCAUGGUAUACUACAGAACCGAUAGCAGCAAAAAACUUGUUGUUAAUUAUGCUUCGCUCGAAUAAACCACUCCACAUUACGGCUGGAAAAACAUUUCCCAUGACGAUGGCAACUUUAUGCAGCUUAUUAAAAACGUCAGCAGGCUAUAUAUCUGUCUUACUUGCUAAUCAAAAUUGA